AUGAGUGAUGAUAAUAGUGUUAUCUAUGUGACUAGACAUGGUCUAAGAGAAGAUUGGGCAAAUAAGGAAUGGAGAAUGACAGCUACUAGAAAGUCUGAUCCACCACUCUCUAGUGAUGGUUUCAAUGUUGCUAUCGAUCUUGGAGAGGAAUGUUUAAAGCAUCGACAAGACAUUAAACACAUUCUAUGUAGUCCGAUGGAACGUUGUGUACAAACAGCCACAGAGAUUGCAAAGCGUCUCAAUCUCACCAUCAAGUUGGAAUAUGGUUGUAUCGAAUGGUUGGGUCCUGCACCAGAAGAUCAUCUUGAACCACUAUCAGUCGAUGAACUUUCAAGACUCUAUCCAAUCGAUCUCUCUUAUAAACCUUCAACCACUUUUAUUCCACAUGCUGAAUCAAUUCAAGAUUUAUCUAUUAGAACAAAAAAAUUUGUAGAAUAUGUCAAAGAAACUUAUAAAGGAGAAUCAGUUAUUAUUGUUACACAUGCAGCUACAUUGAUUAGUAUCUGUAGAAAUGUAAUCAAUGAUAAAUCGUAUCCAUUUAGAUCUGGAGUAUGCAGUCUCACCAAAUUUGUACAUGACUCUACCACUGAAUCGCAAUGGAAGGUGGACUUUGCUGGUUUGGCAACCUACCUAAGAGGUGGUGAACAAUAUCAUUGGACUUUUCCACAAGGUCAAUAA